UGCUUUUUAGACGUUUCAACUUUCAAAACUCUUAUCACUUGAAGCAGAAAGGAAAACACCAAUCUAAUCUUUCCUAGUAUAUUGGGUUAAAAACUUCGCUAAAGUUUCAAAUUUUGUGAAUUUGGUGAAAUAAACUGUCUACUAAAUGUGAUUUAAAACCGAACUAUAAAAUAUUUCAUCUGCAGUAAGCCUUUAAAAACUGUAAAACAUGCCAAAAGCUCAGAAUUCCCCCAUUCGUAUGUACUUCCUGAUUCAAGCCAUCGAAAACAACGGAAGUACGCAAUCGGAAUCAGAAUGCAGAGUAUGCGGUCUCCGAAUGAAAGGUAACCAUGCAUCGAACAUGGAGAGACACAUUCGUCGAUCUCAUCCAGGAAUAUAUGAGAAAUACCUCGAAAUCAAAAGUCAAACUUUCAAUCCAGAGAAUAAAAAUCAUAAUAAAGAACUCAGUGACAAAUUAUGCGAGCAGUAUUUGACUCAGUUUAGUUUCAACGAUAUCGCUAAAGAGAAACCGACUAGCGAAAUAAAACGUCCUCGACUUUCGCCGACUGGAUUCUUGAAAAAAGAAAGCAUCAUAGAUGCUUGUGUCGAAUUAGUCACUGUAAAUGGAAGACCUUUCUCGUUGAUGAAUGAUUCCGGUUUCAAAAUGCUCAUAGAUCCGCUCAUCAAUAGAAUCUGCCCUUCACUGGUCAUAGAUGAAAAUAGUAUCGAAAAAUACGUUUUUGAAAGAGCGAAUAAAAUCAAAUCCGGUUUAAUUAAUAACCUGAGGAAUAAGAUGAUCGCUUUGAAGUUGGACUGCGUUACCCAUUGUAAUAGAUCUUUCUUGGCAAUCCACGCUCAAAUAUAUGUGAGAAUUGAGUUCAAAUUUUACACAUUAUCAAUUUUAGAGAUAAAUGCCAAAAUGGAAUCGGCUGAAUUAAGUGCAGCUAUAUGGAAUGAACUGAAUACGUUUGAAAUUUCGAGAAGUCAAAUUUAUAGUGUGACUAUCGAUGGAGGUUCGUAUUUUAACGAGUUAUCAGGAUCUAAAAGCGUAUCUGUUGAUUCGUCACCUUCGCCUUGUACCUCGAAAAAUGGAGAUAAUUCGAUAGAAAUGCAAAUAGAACAAAAUAAAGUUCGUAAUGCAGAUAAUUUGGAACCUGAAGUUCAAGUUGUUACAGUUUUUAACGAAUUUUACGAAGAAGAUAAUGAUCUUGAUACUUACACUAAUGAUAUUAUAUUAGAAAAAUUGCAUUUAAAUACCGAUGAACACGAUGAGGAUGAUUUUGAUUCAAUUGAUAUGAAAUGUAUCAGCAAAAUGCUACAAUCAGCCAUCACAAGUGCGUUCAAAAAUGGAUCAGAAAUCGUUUCAGUGGUUAAAGAAGUCCACGAAAUUGUCAAAAAGCUUCAUUCAUCGACCAAGUCUUCCAAAAAAAAGUUAUCGAAGUAUAAUUUACCUUCGCCGGAUUCAAGCUCAAAAUGGAAACUAAUUCACGAUAAAAUCGAAAAAAUACUCGUGAUGAAACCAAUCUGCAUUCAGUUAUCUAUAGUUGGUGAAAGUUCUCCAUUUUGGAAUAAAUCGGUCCAAUUAUUACGAUCUUUAAAACUUUACAAAUCAGUCUCCGAAACUAUACAGACUGAGCAACUUACGUUAUGUGAUGUCUACAAGCUCUGGUUUAACUGUGUAUUGGAAAUUUCUAAAUUAAAUUCGUCGAUAGCUAAUGAAUUAGCCAGUGAAAUGAGGCAAAAACAAGACUCAUUAUUCGAAAACAUCUGUUUCCUGAGCUCAGUUUUUCUAGAUCCUCGUUUUAAUAACAUGGUGUUGAACGAAAAUCAAAAACAAAACGCAGUUCAGCAUUUGGUUUGGUUGUACAAUAAGCUGUCAACUAUGUCUUAUUUGGAAGACAGUGACUCGGUAUCAGAGACCGAUGGUGAAGACGAACUUGAAAAGGCGUUCAGAAAACAAGAACAUUUUAUUAACCCUGCAAAAAGCAGAAGUCAGAGUGACAAUAUAGAAUUAGAAUUGAGAAGCUUUUGUGAUAACGAACCUAGACUGAAAACUAGCGAAAGUAUAGUACAAUUUUGGCAAAAUAAAAGAAGCCAGUAUCCCGAAAUAUUUAAAUUAGCACGUGUAUUAUUCUCUGUUCCUGCAACUCAGAAGUCUAUUUUUGAUUUAAUUCCUCAUGUUAAAUAUAUUCUAGAUAGUGGUAAAGUUGAUAUCAACUCGGAAUUGUUUCAAAGUGUUGCUUUAAUAAAAACUAAUUCGAAAUGAAGCUCGAGUAUAGUUGGAGUAGGUUUCUGAUUUUUUUGUGUACUAAUUUUUAAGACAUGUGUAAAUGUAAUUUACCAUUUACCAUACACUUUUUCAUUCUAGGUUUCUAAGUCAGUGAAUUAUUUUUUAUUCAGUUUUUUAUUCAUGUUAAGUGGUUUAUAUUUUGUAUUUUCAAUUUGUAGAAAUAGAAAAUAAAAUUUUGAAGAUCUAGAGGA